AUGCAUAUACCACUCCCUUCUAUUAAGUUCUCUGUCCACCUCCACCUCCACCUCCACCCUCUCCUAACUGUCCCUGAGGUUUCUAAAAACAUGUUGAGCAAGAAGAUGGGUUCAAUGAAGAAAUUGGUGGAGAAGGUGAAGGUAAUUGGAAGUGAUAAUCGUGAGCCAUCGCAUUCUCAAUGUUUGCUUAGUGAUAAAGAAGAUCAAGGCUCGUCUUCCUCGACCCCAACCGGAUUUUUCGCCCUCUAUGUAGGGGAGGAGAGAGAACGUUUCGUGAUCCAGACCGGGUACUUAUCUCAUCCUCUAUUCAAAAUGUUGUUAGAGAAGGCCUACAAUGAGUUCGGGUUCAAGCAGAGGAAUAGGCUUGUGGUUCCAUGUAGUGUGACUGUUUUCCAAGAGGUGGUAAGUGCUGUGGAAUCCUGCAAUGGGAAGUUUGAUUUUGGAAAUUGGGUAGAUGAGUUUGUUUAG